UACCAAUCGCCUUAUAUUCACACUUUUCCUCCUCCAAAGCCUCCAACCCCCUGCCUUUGUCCCUCUCUUUCACACACUCUUUCUCUCUUUCUCUCUCCCAAUUUCUAUUGCAGGAUUGAAGGCACCCAAUUUCGAGCUUCGUUUCGAUCUAUGCCAGGUUUGACUGUCCUUUUCCGUGAACAUUUGUUCUUCUAAAUCCUCCCAUUUCAAGAUCGUGACUUUGCGAGACUUGGAUAUCUUUCUUCUCGUUUUUUGACAAAUCCUCAUUCGUCACCCAAAAUCGUGAGCCAUAAAACAAGCAACUCUCGUUUGUAGGCUUCGUUAAACUGGCUCUCUUUUCUCCCAUUAUUCCUUAGAGAAACGUUUAUAAAAACCUUCAGAUCAUGUAACUUUUGCCUCCUCUUCCAUCAUCACACCCAAAAAAAUCUCAAAAAAAAAAUUUCUUAGCAUUUUUUAUUAUGAAUCCUUGAACAAGGUUCCAUCUCUAUUGUUAUCAAUCCUGGCCAGAAUUCUACCAUUCUUAUAGCCAUACCUUUAUAAAAACCACCAAAUCAUGUAAUAGUUCCCCUUCCUAGCACCCCUUUUUUUUCUAAAAAAAAAAAACAAAAAAAAACUCAUAUUCAAAACAAAGCAAAAAAAAAAAAAAAAGUUAUUUGGUGUAGCUUUGCACAAUGCCGGAGACGGAGACCGGAACGCCGAACGUGUCGGCUCCGCCGACGCCCGGCACGCCGGGUGCGCCACUCUUCUCGUCAGUCCGAGUCGACUCGCUGUCCUACGAUAGGAACUCGAUGCCGCGGUGCGGCAAGUGCUUGCCGGUGGACUCCUGGGCCUCCCCUGGCACGUGCUUCACCGAGUUGCCGAAGCCCAACGUGUCCCUCGCCCGCAAGCUUGGAGCAGAGUUCGUGGGCACCUUCAUUCUGAUAUUUGGUGCCACCGCAGGCCCCAUCGUGAACCAAAAGUACAACGGAGCCGAGACUCUCAUCGGCAAUGCUGCGUGCGCCGGGCUUGCGGUCAUGGUGGUCAUCCUCUCCACCGGCCACAUCUCCGGUGCCCACCUCAACCCCUCCCUCACCAUCGCCUUCGCAUGCCUCCGCCACUUCCCCUGGGUCCAAGUCCCCGCAUACAUAGCUGCCCAAGUCUCAGCAUCCAUCUGUGCUUCCUUCGCACUCAAGGGCAUCUUCCAUCCUUUCCUCUCCGGCGGCGUCACGGUCCCUUCGGUCACCACCGCCCAGGCGUUCUUCCUCGAGUUUUUCAUCACCUUCAAUCUCUUGUUCGUCGUCACUGCCGUCGCUACAGAUACUCGAGCCGUAGGAGAACUGGCCGGAAUAGCAGUUGGCGCUACGGUUAUGCUUAAUAUCCUCGUCGCUGGGCCAUCGAGCGGUGGAUCGAUGAACCCGGUGAGGACGCUGGGCCCGGCGGUGGCCGCCGGGAACUACAAGCAGGUGUGGAUAUAUCUGGUGGCGCCCACUGCAGGGGCCAUCGCUGGAGCUGCCACCUACACCCUUGUGAAGCUGACAGACGAAAACGGGGUGACACCACGCUCGGCCCGAAGCUUCCGCCGCUAGACUCGAUCCGGGGCUGCACUAUAUAUACAUAUAUGGCUAUCCUAUUCGCUGUGCUGUUGCUGCUGCUACUUUCUUCUGUUCAUGCAUGUGUGCUUGUUUGUGACUUUGUGAGUGAUGAUAAUUAAUAAAGUGUGAUAAUGGUCGUUUGCGUGUGAUGGACGACUGUUGGACGGCUAGCUUGGUGGAACCGACGGCAAGUCCACGCUCAUCAGCGAAAGGGUAAGGGGAUCUGUGGAUGUGAUGGCUUGGAGAGUGGCUGUGCUGUGGCUGACGCGAAGCUAGCUGUCUCUGUGUGUCGAGUGUGAAGGCGAAGCGAAUCUCGUCAGGGGGUAGAUGACCGGGAGAGGUUCGGUUUGCCAGUGGUCCUUUGUGUGGUUGUGAGGAGUCCUCGGAAUAAAGUGUGUGUGACCUAUGUCCUGGGAUGUAUCGCUUGAAAACUGCUCUGGUAAUAUAUAUGUAUAUAUAUAUAAAUAUA